AUGUCUCAGGUCUUCUUCGACGUUGAGUACUCCCCUGUGGGAACCGCUGAACCCAAGGUUGGCCGUAUUGUCUUCAACCUCUUCGAUAAGGAAGUCCCCAAGACGGCCAAGAACUUCCGUGAGCUCUGCAAGAAACCUGCUGGCGAAGGCUACAAGGAGUCUACCUUCCACCGCAUCAUCCCCAAGUUCAUGCUCCAGGGUGGUGACUUCACUCGUCACAAUGGCACAGGUGGUCGCUCUAUCUACGGCGAGAAGUUUGCCGAUGAGAACUUCAUCCGCAAGCACGACAAGGAGGGUAUCCUCUCCAUGGCCAACGCUGGUCCUAACACCAACGGCUCUCAGUUCUUCAUCACCACUGCUGUGACUUCUUGGCUCGAUGGCAAGCACGUUGUCUUUGGUGAAGUUGCGGAUGAGAAGUCCUACAGCGUCGUCAAGGAGAUCGAGGCUCUCGGAAGCAGCAGCGGUUCUGUCCGUUCCAACACUCGUCCCAAGAUCGUCGACUGUGGUGAGCUGUAA